CGUGUCCGAGCCGCGGGCCGGGCCCUGAGCGCCGCGCGGGCUCGCGCCGCCGCCGCGCCAUGGCGGAGACCAAGAUCAUCUACCACAUGGACGAGGAGGAGACGCCGUACCUGGUCAAGCUGCCCGUGGCCCCCGAGCGCGUCACGCUGGCCGAUUUCAAGAACGUGCUCAGCAACCGGCCGGUGCACGCCUACAAAUUCUUUUUCAAGUCCAUGGAUCAGGACUUCGGGGUGGUGAAGGAGGAGAUCUUGGACGACAACGCCAAGCUGCCCUGCUUCAAUGGUCGCGUGGUCUCCUGGUUGGUCCUAGCUGAGGGUGCUCAUUCAGAUGCAGGGUCCCAGGGAACUGACUGCCACACAGACCUUCCCCCACCCCUCGAGCGCACAGGUGGCAUUGGGGACUCCCGGCCACCCUCCUUCCACCCAAAUGUGGCCAGCAGUCGUGAUGGAAUGGACAAUGAGACUGGCACGGAGUCCAUGGUCAGUCACCGGCGGGAGAGAGCCCGACGGCGAAACCGAGAAGAAGCUGCCCGGGCCAAUGGGCACCCGAGGGGAGACCGGCGUCGGGACCUGGGGCUGCCUCCAGACAGCGCGUCCACAGUGUUGAGCAGCGAGCUAGAAUCCAGCAGCUUCAUUGACUCGGACGAGGAGGACAACACCAGCCGGCUGAGCAGCUCCACGGAGCAGAGCACCUCUUCCCGGCUUAUUAGGAAGCACAAGCGUCGGCGGCGGAAGCAGCGCCUGCGGCAGACGGACCGGGCCUCCUCCUUCAGCAGCAUCACCGACUCCACCAUGUCCCUGAACAUCAUCACCGUCACGCUCAACAUGGAGCGGCACCACUUCCUGGGCAUCAGCAUCGUGGGCCAGAGCAACGACCGGGGCGACGGGGGCAUCUACAUCGGCUCCAUCAUGAAGGGCGGGGCCGUGGCCGCGGACGGCCGCAUCGAACCCGGCGACAUGCUGCUGCAGGUGAAUGACGUCAACUUCGAGAACAUGAGCAAUGACGACGCUGUGCGGGUGCUGCGGGAGCUCGUGUCCCAGACGGGGCCCAUCAGCCUCACGGUGGCCAAGUGCUGGGACCCGACCCCCCGCAGCUACUUCACCAUCCCGAGGGCUGACCCGGUGCGGCCCAUCGACCCUGCUGCCUGGCUGUCCCACACGGCAGCGCUGACCGGCGCCCUGCCCCGCUACGGUGCGAGCCCCUGCUCCAGCGCUGUCUCCCGCACCAGCUCCUCCUCACUAACCAGUUCUGUGCCCGGCGCCCCGCAGCUGGAGGAGGUGCCCCUGACGGUGAAGAGUGACAUGAGUGCGGUUGUCCGGGUCAUGCAGCUGCCGGACUCGGGGCUGGAGAUCCGGGACCGCAUGUGGCUCAAGAUCACCAUUGCCAACGCCGUCAUUGGGGCGGAUGUGGUGGACUGGCUGUACACCCACGUGGAGGGCUUCAAGGAGCGGCGAGAGGCCAGGAAGUACGCCAGCGGCAUGCUGAAGCACGGCUUCCUGCGGCACACAGUCAAUAAGGUCACCUUCUCUGAGCAGUGCUACUACGUCUUCGGGGACCUGUGCAGCAAUCUCGCAGCCCUGACCCUCAACAGUGGCUCCAGUGGAGCCUCCGAUCAGGACACCCUGGCCCCGCUGCCCCACCCGGCAGCACCCUGGCCCCUGGGUCAGGGCUACCCCUACCAGUACCCAGGGCCCCCGCCCUGCUUUCCGCCUGCCUACCAGGACCCUGGCUUUGGCUACGGCAGUGGCAGUGCUGGCAGCCAGCAGAGUGAAGGGAGCAAAAGCAGCGGGUCCACCCGGAGCAGCCGUCGGGCCCUGGGCCGAGAGGAGGAGCGCCGGGCAGCUGGAGCCAGGGGCAGUGGCAGCGAGUCAGACCACACGGUGCUGAGUGGGUCCGGCGGCACUAGCAGGCGGGAGCGACCGGUCAGCCAGCUCAGCCGGGGCAGCAGCCCCCACAGCCAGCUCUCAGCCGUUGCCCCAGGGCUCCCCCCACUACACCCCCUGACCAAGGCCUAUGCAGUGGUGGGUGGGCCACCUGGUGGGCCACCUGUCCGGGAGCUGGCUGCCGUCCCCCCAGAGUUGACAGGCAGUCGCCAGUCCUUCCAGAAGGCCAUGGGGAACCCCUGUGAGUUUUUUGUGGACAUCAUGUAACUGGCCGCCUGUGCCUUCAACCCUGCCCAUGGGGGGAACAGUGGCCCCUACAGGAGCUCUGUGGGCCUACGUGGUGGAGGCUGGCCAGGGGUCAUGGGAGCAGGCUGGAGGCGAGGGCCGAGAUCAGCCCCAUCGCUGUGAUCUGGCAUUUCCUGCGGUAGAGCGGCUUGUAUCUGCAGAGCCUUGUUGGGGAGACCAUCUCUGUCCUUGGCCUGAGCCUCAGGGACCCUCUGACCCCCUCCUUGGAGGUGACCUCCCUUGGGGAUGAGGAUGCCCUCUUUGGCUUCAUGUUGCUCCCACUUCCAGAGCCACGUGAAGGUGGGCCUGAAGCCUUCCUCACCCAGUGCACAGGCCUCACCUGUCAGCCCAGGUGGGGACCUCGAGUGGCAGGGUUAGAGCCCCCAGACCCCUCUGGCUGCCCAGAGUGGGGUCUAACUUAUUUAUUUAUUGCCAGCCUGCCCACUCUGGGGGAAUGGCUAGUCAGCUGUCCCCCUCCCUGCCCAGCCGGGGUGGCUGCAUAUUCCCCUGCCCUCCUGGGACCCAGAGAGGAGGGGAGCACACGCUGAGCCUGGAAGCGUGUGGUGGAUGGUGGGGGGCAGGUCAGGGGCACCCUGCGCACCGGGACUCCCUUGGGGCCGUUGUGCCACUGUCUCGGCACGCCCGGCGCUGCUCACUGCGCUGUAGAUACUGUGUCAGUCCCGCGUCUAGUUCACGUAGAGCUGCUUCUGUGUAAAUGCUAUUUUAAACACUAAAAAGCAUUUAAUUUUAUGGGA